UUCUCCAAAUGCCUCUGCAUUUUGCCUAUCUAUACUUCUUGUGUGCCUGGGGAUAAAAUUUGUGGCGGCAGAUUCAGAUCCGUUUGUAUCGACUCAUGCAGUGGGAAUCAACUAUGGGAGAGUCGCCGACAAUCUACCGACACCAGCCAAAGCAGUGGAGCUAAUGAAGAGCAUUAACGCAGGCUAUGUGAAGAUAUAUGACGCAGAUUCUGAUGUCCUCAAGGCAUUAGCCAACAGCAGUCUUCCUGUGGUAAUAACAAUACCAAAUGAUGAAAUUUUAGGCAUAGCUUCAAGCACAUCCACUUCAGACCAAUGGGUACAAACCAACGUUGUCCCUUACUAUCCCCUCACCAAAAUCUCCAUGAUCAUGGUGGGCAACGAGAUUCUUUCCUACCCCUCGCUUCAAUCCACCUGGACCCAAUUAGUACCCGCAAUGCAAAACAUCCACAACUCCUUACAGAAGAACAAUCUAGAUUCUUCCAUAAAGGUAACAACUUCCGUAGCCAUGGAUGCCUUCUCUUCCUCCUACCCACCCUCCAAUGGGACCUUCAAGGAAGCCAUAGCCACAUCAGUAAUAAAGCCCAUGUUAAGCUUCCUAGAUUCCACAGACUCAUACUUCUUUCUAGAUGUCUACCCUUUCUUUGCCUGGAACGACAACCCCGUCAACAUAUCUCUCAACUACGCGCUCUUUGGCCUGAGCACCACCAACGUAGAAGACGGCACGUUGGGCUACACCAAUAUACUAGAUGCACAGCUGGAUGCCGCCAUUGCAGCCAUGCAAGCUCUGGGCUACGAUGACGUAAAAUUAGCCAUCAGCGAAACGGGGUGGCCCACCAAAGGCGACUCUAGCGGCGCCACCGUAGCCAACGCCGCCCACUACAACACAAGACUCGUCAGCAAGUUGUUAUCAAAUGCCGGCACUCCUCGCCGGCCGAAGACCUUCUUUCCGACAUUCGUCUUCGCUCUUUUUAACGAAGAUCUGAAAUCCGGCGCCGCCACGGAGCAAAACUGGGGUGUUUUUUACGCCGACGGGAGUCCCGUCUAUGAUAUCGAUCUCUCCGCCGUGAAUUUAACCAACGGCGUUGUUAAACUCUCAGAUGCUCCGGCGUCCUCUGCGUCGUCGUCGUCGUCGAUUUUUUUCGGUCAAUUGUUUUGGGCGGUCUUUUCGUGCUCAACUAAUUUGGUUCUGUUAUUUAUUAUUUCAAGACUAGGUUUUUAAGGGUGUUCGUUUGUGCUUUCAUUAAACAAACGGAGAGUGGUUAUUGAGGACAUUAAUUAUAUCUAUUUCCAUUGAUAUAAUUAAUCUUUCUUUGCACCAUGCGUCACUGGUGCGUGUAUUUAUUUGCUUCAUUAGGAAGAUGUCACGGUCACAUGGUCUGGUUCAGCGAUGUAUCCACUAUGCACUGACGUCUUUCCAAUGGUCACUCUGAUUUUAACACUUAAUAUUUUUUUAGCACAUCAAUUCAAUACAGAGCAGGCCCACGGGCUUGCAAUUCAAUA